UCCUCCCUCCCCGCAGCUGCACCGCGACUCAGAGCCCGCCGUGCCGGAACGCAGGCGAGCGUGAUGGCCCGCGAGGAGCUGGCGGUGGCCGGCGAGGAGGCGGCGGCGGCGGCCGCCGAGGGGGGCGGCCUGCUGCUGGAGAUCGUGAGCUCCCCGCUCAACCUGACCCUGCUGAGCCUCUGCCUCUUCCUGCUCUACCGGAUCCUGCGGGGAGAGCAGCCCGCGGCGCAGGCGGGCGAGGCGGACCCGCCGCCGCUGCCCAAGAUGAAGCGCCGUGACUUCACGCUGGAGCAGCUGCGGCUCUACGACGGGGUGCGCGACCCCCGCAUCCUCAUGGCCAUCAACGGCAAAGUCUUCGACGUGACCCGUGCCAGGAAGUUCUACGGGCCCGAGGGCCCGUAUGGGAUUUUUGCUGGAAGAGAUGCAUCCCGAGGUCUCGCCACUUUCUGCCUGGAUAAGGAGGCUCUGAGAGAUGACUAUGAUGACCUCUCUGAUCUCAACGCUACACAGCAAGAGACCUUGAGGGACUGGGAGUCACAAUUCACUUUUAAGUAUCACCAUGUUGGUAACCUGCUGAAGGAGGGGGAGGAACCCACUGUAUACUCUGAUGAAGAAGAGAAAGAUGCCAAGGAUGCAAAGAAAGACUAGAAAGUGCAGCGAGGAACAAUCUGGUUUUGAAUUGUAAAGGAUCAUUUGUAACAUUCCACUUCUUUUUAUAAGUUGCAACAGCAGCAAUGCUUACAAAAGGUCCAGAGUUACACUGAGUUGUUUCUAUUCAAAGGUUUUCUUCUCAAAUUCAGUGGUAAACCACUAAAGGUCUAAGAUUUGUCUUCCUUUAAACCUGCAUAUCUGAAGUAUGCACAAAAAUGUCUGCUGAUAAAGUAAAUUUUGGCAAUAAAGGACUACUUCUGUUUUUCCUCUAUCACCAUUUAGCACAGAGUAAGCUGAAAUCCAGAUUUUAAUUCAGAACCUAGCACUGCAGGCACAAGCACGAGAGUAACUUCACAUAUGCAACACAAAUUCCACUAACUCUUGUUUCACAUUAGUUCUCUGGGAUCUGGGUCUUGGAUGGUAAUUCCUUUAGAAAAAAGGAUUAUAUUUUAUUUGUCCAUGAAGCAUCAUGCUCAUUUGUUGUGCAAUGUAAUUCAAUAUUACGUAAGAUAAUUUGGCUUUUAAGGAGUUACACACUAGCUUACAGAAGGAACUGCUUUUAAAAAAGGUAAGAAUGCUUGAGACGUUAAAUCACUUCUAGAUACUUAAAAAAUUAAUACUGAUGAAUACUUGAUGUAUUCAGUCAUGCAUAAUGAUGCAUGGAUUAAUACUCUUAAAGCACAUCUGAAGUGUUACGAAGAGUUAAGAUACUACAUGUAAACUAGAAAUCACUAAAAAACAGGUACAUCAUGAAGUGUGACUCAACUGGACUAUUCAUUUAUUUUUCCUCUUACUAAAACUCUUCUGUGAAUUUUAAUGAAAUGGUUUUAAACAGGGAAGAUAAGCUGCAAUUGAUUCCUAGGCCUAAAAAAGGCAACUUGCUGGUAUGGUGUGAUUAACAAGUGCCCUUGUACAUGCAGCUUUAACCAGCAGAAAAAAUGUUACUGUUCAACAUACAAGUUUCCUGUACAAAAUAAAACAACAUGGUAUAAGCUG